CCCAAGUUGACGGCGUCGACUCUGCAGGAAUCUGGGCCGAAGGCAUGCACUGGAGGCCCCCGAAUGCUGCCAGGGAGACCGGUCCCGCGAGGCCUCAAGGAGCUGGUGCCCGCCGCCGACGCCGCUGCCAAGGCUGCGUCCAAGUUGGGCGGGGAAUGGCCUGUACGGGCCGUCGGGAGGAGGGACGGAAAAUGAGCGCGGCGGAAACCCGCUGCCGCUGGAGCUGUGCGCGCCCCCGGCGGCGGCCGCGCGGCUCCUACCUGUGGCGUGAGGGCGGCCUCAGGAACCUGCGCGGUGGCGGCGGAUUCUCGGGGCUCCGGCGCAGCUGGCACCGCUGGAGGCAGGGGAGCAGGGAAGAGGCAGGGCCAGAGUGGGGACCGCGCCGUCGCCCGGAACUCCGCGCCGGGAUUCGCGCUGGCCUAACAGGGGUGGGGCGAGGCGGUGCCCGGCAAGUGAGAGGAGAAUCCCAGGGACGGCGGGACCGCGGAGCCUGGUGGACUGCCGCCUCAGGGGUCGCACAGAGUCAGACGCGACUGAAGCGACUUAGCAGCAGCAGCAGCAGCAUCCUCAUUACACAAUUGCCGCCUUCUGCCAAAGCCAAAGGAAGCUAUCGUCUUCAUGGACCCCAGACUGUUAAUAACGAUGGCCUCUUUAAAAAGGCCUGCACUGACUGCCAUCUGGAGACUAGCCUGCACGGGGAUGAGGGAAGAAGCAUGAAGAUCAAGCAACAGUCCAAGGAAAGAGAGCACGGAGUGAGAGUCAUGGAGGUGUUGGAAGGGGUCAGAUUCUGCACCUUAGUAUAGACAGGAAAGGAACCAGUAUUCAGGAAAAUCAACGGUUCAGGAGGUGCCUUCUUCAUCAAGGACAUUCGUUAUUUCUUGACCAUAUUGACUUUCUUGGGAAAUGAAUUAGUGACAGCAUCAGUGGAGCCCAAUUAGUAGCAUUACUGCUGCAUUUUUCAUGUUCAUUUUUAAAAAUUGUAUUAGAAUAUAGUUGAUUUACAAUAUUAUGUUAAUAUCAGGUGUACUGCAAAGUGAUUCAGAUAUAUACAUUCAUAUAUUCAUUCUUUUUCAGAUUCUUUGUCCAUGUAAGUUAUUACAGAAUAUUGAGUAGAGUUCCCUGAAGAUUUUUUAAUCUUCACCUCAGCAAAUUCUCUGUUUAUGAAAUAUAAAUUUGAGUUAUUGUACUUUUGCCCUGUAGAACUCAGUUCUACCAUCUCUAGACCAAUCCCUACACCAUACAUAUUCUCAUUUCAAAAUUAAAAACAAGUUUUUCCCCAUCAAGUUUGACUCAGUUCAGUUCAGUUCAGUUCAGUCGCUCAAUCGUGUCCUACUCUUUGCAACCCCAUGAAUCACAGCACGCCAGGCCUCCCUGUCCAUCACCAACUCCCGGAGUUCACCCAGACUCAUGUCCAUCGAGUCAGUGAUGCAAAAAUACAACCAAUUUAGCUUUUUACAUCAUAACUUCUGUGCCGGUUAAAAUCAGAUAUUAUACCUAUAGUUUCAAAAGCAUGUAGCUUCAGAUUCUAUUACACAUUAGUAUUCUUUGCGUUUUCCAAGUAAAAUGUUUCUACAAAUGUUUGUUAGGUUUUACACUUUCUUAGUUCAGUUUACAUUUAGAAAGCUAUGCUUGUUAUACCAGCAAAUGUUUUUAUUUAGAAUAAAAGAAUAGAAAUAGAAGGAUAUUAUGAAAGUUUUCUUUAAUGAUAGUAGAAUGGCAUAACUCCCUAGGAAGGGAGCCAUUUGGAUCCCUGCUUGUGUGCCUUCUAAUCUUGUAGAACAUUCAGAAAAUUAUGAAAGUGUUUUCUUGGCAAGAAGUUGCUAACAGCUAAGGGGUUUGGAAAGCAUUAUUAUUUGCCUGCAUCACUUUUCAUUUUCAGUAGAAAUGUAAUCACAUAGACACUCACACUAAAUCCUUGCUGAUGUAGGUUUUCACACUUGUAUAACUCAUCACACUGAAGGUGCAUUUUCAAAUUCAUGCCUUAGUCUAGUCUGUAAGCCAGUCAAGACUCCCCACCCUCACACCCAGAUAUAGCAGAAGCAUCUCUCAGAACCUUUCAGCUUCAGUUGAGCUCUGUUUCAAGGAGGCAGAACCCUCUGCAAGAACAAAGUGAAACAAAAAGAAAAAAUAUAUAUUUUACACACACACACAUGCAUAUAUUAUUUCUUUAGUGGGGCAAUCUAUUUGACUUACAUACUCACUUUGAAUUAUAGACCCUCUGCCCAAAGAUGUGCACUUUCUCCACUAUCCUUUCAACAGCAAAAAUUCAGGAAACAAAUUUCAGAAUUAUCUAUCCUUAACAUUAAAAUACAAUGAAAAAAAAAACCCUGCAUAUCAUCAAAAAUACUUUGUUAUUCUUUACUCAUCUUAUUUUCACACUGCACAUGUCCACAAGCUCUGAAACCCUUAGAGGACCAGGUGAAUUUAGAAUAUUCUGAAUUUUAUGAAUUUUCAAAAAUUCAUAUAGCACAUAUUAUAUAAUACCCCCAGAGAGGCUUGGGGCAGCACCCCAUAAUUAAAUACCCUCAUAUUUCCACAACAAAAGGCAUGAAUAGGCACACUGCAUCGAAAAGUAAAAACUGUAAACAGCAUUGAAUCAAUUCAGGUCAGAUUUUCCCACCACAUGAGUUAGGAACAAAACUUGGUUUUGAGAACUUUUUGGAUUUUAGAAUUUUGUAUAGGGCAUCAAAGACUUGGAUUAAAACAGAACAGAGCAGACCCUGGAGACCAGGAAGAAUACUUUAGAACUCUUUCCCUGCCCCUUCCCAUAUCAUUCAAUAUCUUAAAGAACAAUAUAUAUUUUUUCCAACUAAUCAGCUGUGUUGCAUUUUUAUAUUUUUAACAAUUGUUUUUAUCAAGUAGAUUCAAAACCCAUUUGAAAGUUAUUUGAGGGAAGAUUUUUUAAAUUGAAUUAUAAAUGUCUAUUUCCAAGCUUUUUAAGAUGAGCAGAGGUAAGAAUUUUUAUGGUUGAUCCACAUUUUCUAAAGUCAAUCAGUUAAGAAGGAAGUACUUCCAAAGGUCGGCUGUCAUGCCCUUCACCAUGGCCCAAGUUGCCUUGAAAGAAACUUUUCAAGAUUAAAGUGAUACUUUUAUCUUGAAGAAGCAGUAUUAAUUUAAAAUUCUGAUCUACUAUCACAGAAUUGAUAAACACUUGUUAUCAUAGAAAAGACAGAGGGUGGAACACUAAUGCUGUCAGAAAACAAAAUGUGUCAUUCCUUUAAACUUGACAGUUCUGAAAUGUUCUCAGCCAUGAUAAAACCAAUAAAACACCAACCUUCUUUGUGAUACAAAAUGUUUACAUCAUUACUCAUCAUCCCUACCAAGAACAAUGAAUAGUUUCUAUAGUUUCAAGGUCUGAUUUUUAUACCAUUAUCUAUAUCAGUGACAUCUUGUAGCAAUUUGUACACUUAUAGCUUCACUUUCUUUGCUGCAUGAACUUCUGGCCUCUGAAAGAUGCAAAGAAUAAAUUUAAAGCUAUCUCUGCAUUUUUAGCCCAGAAUCCAAAUUUUAUUCAAGUCAAAGCAACUCUUCCAUCAGUGGUUACAUUGUCACAAUUUUUCCAUAAGACAUUGUUUUUCUUAUGGAAUUCAUGUAUGCUUAGAAUAUAUUUUGUCCUUCAGUAGCUUUCAGCUUCCUCAAAGCAACACAUCCUUUUUAUUGUUGUAACAAUAUUGUACAUUAUUACAAUGUAUCUAACAAUCAGAUUUAUUGUAACAUCCUUUUUAUUAUCUUGCAAUGGAAUUGAUUCAUAAUUUCACAAAAUACAAAUAUGUACUGACAAUAAAGGAGAAAUAAGAGAAAAUACAUGAUAAAAAGAAGAAUAGCUUUCAAUCUGUAAAAUUCUCAAACAAACCACACUGGAAGGGCAUAAAAGGGAUAGAUGCUUUUAUUCCCUAUAAUCAAUACAGGUUUUUUAAAGACAAAUUUUGAUCUAAGUAUUCUCAAAUUUCAACAUGCAUGUAAGUCACCUGUGGCUUGUGUUAAACUGUAGAUUCUGAUUUCAUGUGUCUGGAGUGGGCAGUUCUAGCAAGACUGAUUCUCUUGCUGCUGGCCUGCUUAAAGCUGGACAACUAGUAGAGAGAGUUAACACAUUUUUUUAUAUUGGUAUUUGAAUACAACAGUUAAAUUGUCAGCUGAUAAAGGUGUUGCCAUGAGUGACUUGAUAUUUUCAAACAGCUUCAAAUCAAUUCAGGACAGAUUUUGUUAUCAAGUGAGUUAUGAACUAUCUAUUCGUGAUUGUUGAAUGAACAAGAGUUGUUUAUGAACAACUUUUAGCUAAGUCCAAGUAACAAUUUCCUCUCAAUUUGCACACUAGUCACAUUCACCAGAAACGCAGUCUAUGUGAAAAGUAUGCAAGGAGUAUUUUGAAUUAAUGUGUAAAACAGAGUUAGGUUCUAGACUCAGAUUUUUCACUUAUGUGAAUGUCCAGUAAGACCUUCAGAGGUUGUGUGGGAUCAAGGACAAUCAUUCAUUGUACGAGACAGUUCCACAAAUAGCAGACCUCUAGCAUCCCUGGCCUCCACUCACUAAAUGUCAUUCAGUAGCCCCCAGUCACUGUGUUCAUCAAAAUGCACCCCAUUUCCAAAAUGUUCCAAUAGGACAGUAUGACCUCUGCUGAUUGCCAGUGCUUAAGUGAAACGCAAGAACUACUUAGAACUAAUACAAUAUUAUAAAGUUAAAAAAAAAAAAACAAAAACACCAGAAUCCAGCAUACACCCAGACACUGCAGAAACAUUCAUUCUUUCCUCCAGCUGCAUAGUAAAGCUCCCAUGCUCAGAAACUUGUUCUAACGGUUGUUUUUUAAAUUUUUGCACAAUGUGAUUCAUGCAUUUUUCAUGAUUAUUUACUGGUGUGUGGAUGCCAUACUGUUUCCUUCAGAUUAUUUUAAGUAUUUUUACUGGAAGAAAAGCUUGAGGAAGGAUAUCUGUGUCAACCAAAAUAUUUUAUUAAACUUAAUUUCCUUCUUAUUUUAAAAAAUAAGAAUAGUAAAAAAAUUUAAUAUUUCUCCUCCACUCUUUAGAGAAUUGUAGGAGCAGUUAUUUCCUCUGAGGUAUUCAAUUUAAUGUUUGAGCUUAGAAAUUCUGAUUUGCAGGAACUAACCAGAAAGAAAUCCAAUCAAAGUGUAUCUUACAUUAUUCUGUUGGUUGAUCACUACAAAAUAAUUUCUACAGACUUGAACACUAUGAAAAUAGAUUGAUUAAUAUAUAACAUAUACAAACCAAGGAAUCUUUUCUCAUAACUUUAUGAAUUCAGAACUUAAAAAAAAUUCUAUUAGGCUAGCACUUUAGAAAGGUUGACUUUUAUAAUGAAUAUGGAAACACAGUUGAAGUUUGAUAGUUGUAAAUGAGAAAUGUAUUACUUUUUUUUUUCUCCCUCUUUGGGUUUUGCUUUCAUAUAAUUUAUCUAACUAUAUACCAGUUACAAGCAUAUGAAUAGCAAGCAAUGCAAUUUUAUAGUUUUACACAAAUUACAUGUAUGUCACUAAAAUUUUGUGUACAAAUAUUGAAGACAGAAUGAAUGAGUUAAAAUCCAUUCAAGGAAAGAGGGGAAAAGAAAGGCUGAAUCUUGGAUUCUCUAAAUUGAGAAAUUGUACACUUGUGGGAAAUAUAUGAGCAAAAAAGAAGGGGAUGUAACUAAAAAGAGAGUAGACUUUUAAAGUGACAGUUGUUUUAGGAAUAAAGUGUAAAUUACCUGGCUAGACAGAGGCUGUGUAAUGUCUUCCUGUCACAGAUGGUGAAACUGUGGCUCAUGAGCAAGACAGAAUGGCAACAUCACUGCAGUUCUCCUUUUGAUAAAAGGACACCAGUGUUCUGUGUCACUUGUGGACCACAGUUCUGUCAUCUAUGACAAGAAAACAAAUGCUUGAUUUGCCUUCCUCACAAUUUCUUUGCAAUUAAAAAAAAAAAAUGCUACUCAGGAUUUAAUUUUGACCCACAAGAAAGAACUGGCUGGCAAUUUAAGAAUGAGGAAAAUCUUGGCAGAAGAUGUCUAGUGUCUAUUAAUUUCAGUUUUUCAAAUUAUGAUAAAAUGCAUAUUACAUCAAAUGUAUCAUCUUAACUAUUUUAAUGUGCACUUCAGUGAUAUUAAAUACAAUCAUGUCAUUGUGCAACCUCACCACCAUACAUCCAAAUAACUCUUUUCAUCUUGCAAAACUGAAAAUCUAGACCUAUUAAACAAUAGCUCUCCUUUCUUUCCUUUCCUCAGCCCCUGACAAUCAUCAUUCCAUUUUCCAAUUUUGUGAUUUUUUGAUUGCUCUAAGUAUUUGAUAUAAGUGGAAUAACAGCAUUUUGUCUUUUAGUGUCUGGCUUAUUUCAGAUAGCAUAAUGUUCUUUAAGUUCAUCCAUAUUGUAACAUAUUGCAGAAUUACCUUCCUAUUUAAUAAAUAACUAAUGAGAAACAAUUGUAUAACAUAGGGAAAUCUAUUCAAUGCUUUGUGGUGACAGAAGAUUGAGGAAGAAAAUCCAAAGAAGAAGGGAUAAAUCAAAAUAUGUGACUGAUUCACCUAGCUGCACAGCAGAAACUAAUACAACAUUGUAAAGCAAUAUCCUCC